GGUCCGGCGCGGUCCCGCCCGCUUCCCCACCCGGAAGAGCCACUUGAGCCGUGAAGUUGAGGCGGUGCGCGGGCCGGGCCUCCCUGGUGGCGCCUAUUUCGCCCUGGCGGGAGGCGGGCCCGCCGGAGCCUGCGCGCCCCCGCGGCCGACGGUGCCUCGAUAGGCCCCGCGCACGCGCUCCAGCCCCAGUUAGCGCCUUUGGGGUGCGGUGCGACGCGGCGGGGAGGCCUGACCUCUCCGCGCCCCUUCGCCUCGGGAGCGGCGCGCUCCUUGUGACUUCUGACACUGCUUAUCCGCCAUUACCUAGAUUCAAGAUGAAUAGCGAUCAAGUUAUGCUGGUGGGCCAAGUGUUUGAGUCGUAUGUUUCAGAAUACCAUAAGAACGAUAUUCUUGUAAUCCUGAAGGAAAGAGAUGAAGAUGCUCAUUACUCAGUUGUGGUUAAUGCCAUGACCCUUUUUGAGACCAACAUGGAAAUUGGGGAAUAUUUCAACUCAUUCCCCAAUGAAGUCCUAACUAUUUUUGAUGAUGCACUACGAAGAUCAGCUUUGACAAUUCUCGAGUCCCUUUCUCAGCCCGAGGGUGUCUCCAUGAAGCAGAACCUUCACGCCAGGAUAUCAGGUUUGCCAAUUUGUCCUGAGCUGGUGAGGGAGCACAUCCCUAAAACCAAGGACGUGGGACACUUUUUAUCUGUCACUGGGACAGUGAUUCGAACCAGUCUGGUGAAAAUCCUGGAGUUUGAACGGGAUUACAUGUGUACCAAAUGCAAGUGUGUUUUUGUGGUCAAGGCUGACUUUGAGCAGUAUUACACGUUCAGCCGGCCAUCCUCAUGUCCCAGCUUGGAGAGCUGUGAUUCUUCAAAAUUCACCUGCCUCUCAGACUUGGCUUCCUCUCCAACCAAGUGUAGAGAUUAUCAGGAAAUCAAAAUUCAGGAACAGGUUCAAAGGCUAUCUGUUGGAAGUAUUCCACGAUCUAUGAAGGUUAUCCUAGAAGAUGACUUAGUAGACAGUUGCAAAUCUGGUGAUGACCUCACGAUUUAUGGGGUCGUAAUGCAGAGGUGGAAGCCCUUUCAGCAGGAUGUGCGCUGUGAAGUGGAGAUAGUCCUGAAAGCCAAUUAUGUCCAAGUAAAUAAUGAGCAGUCUGCGGGCAUCAUCAUGGAUGAGGAGGUCCGAAAGGAAUUUGAAGAUUUUUGGGAACACUAUAAGAGCAAUCCUUUUGCAGGAAGAAAUGAAAUAUUGGCCAGCUUAUGCCCUCAAGUUUUCGGGAUGUAUCUAGUAAAGCUUGCUGUGGCCAUGGUGCUGGCUGGUGGGAUUCAAAGGAUCGAUGCUACAGGAACACGAGUUAGAGGUGAAUCUCAUCUUUUAUUGGUUGGGGAUCCUGGCACAGGGAAAUCUCAAUUCCUCAAAUAUGCAGCAAAGAUUACACAGAGAUCUGUGCUCACCACAGGAAUUGGAUCUACUAGUGCAGGUCUAACGGUAACGGCUGUAAAGGACUCAGGAGAAUGGAAUUUGGAGGCUGGGGCGUUAGUGCUUGCAGAUGCGGGCCUUUGCUGUAUCGAUGAGUUUAACAGCCUUAAAGAGCAUGACAGAACCAGUAUCCACGAGGCAAUGGAGCAGCAGACCAUAAGUGUCGCUAAGGCUGGCCUCGUGUGCAAGUUGAACACAAGGACCACCAUCCUGGCAGCAACUAACCCCAAAGGCCAGUACGACCCGCACGAGUCUGUGUCUGUAAACAUCGCCCUUGGCAGCCCCCUCUUAAGUCGAUUUGACCUGAUCCUGGUUUUGCUUGAUACAAAGAAUGAAGACUGGGAUCGUAUAAUUUCGUCCUUUAUCUUAGAAAACAAAGGUUACCCAAGCAAAUCAGAGAAGCUCUGGAGCAUGGAAAAGAUGAAAACCUACUUCUGCCUCAUUCGGAAUCUACAGCCCACGCUGUCUGAUGUGGGUAAUCAGGUUCUUCUCCGGUACUACCAGAUGCAAAGGCAGAGCGAUUCCCGGAACGCUGCCCGGACAACCAUCCGCCUGUUGGAAAGCUUGAUACGCUUAGCAGAAGCUCACGCUCGCCUGAUGUUUCGUGACAUUGUGACUCUGGAGGAUGCUAUUACAGUGGUGUCAGUAAUGGAGUCCUCAAUGCAGGGAGGUGCAUUGCUGGGAGGUGUGAAUGCUCUCCACACUUCCUUUCCUGAAAACCCCCUAGAGCAGUACCAGAGGCAGUGUGAACUUAUUCUGCAAAAGCUGGAGCUGCAUGACCUCUUGAGUGAAGAGCUAACAAGACUUGAAAGGUUACAGAAUCAGAGUGUGAACCAAUCCCAACCAGGGACAGUGGAGGCAGAGACUACUGCAGCAUUCUUGAGGAAUGAUCCAGGGGAAGGAUCUCAGUUCACAACAUCAACACAGCAGGAAAUGAAUUGUGGCAUGCAAACCCCCGCUGUUGGAGGCAGUCCCAAGGGAAGCCCACUUACCAAUGCCCCACUCCAUCUGGGGCCUAAUAGGUCAACAAGUAGAAAACAUUCAGCUGAGCACGAGAGAAAAGAUGACAGUUUGGAUUGGUUUGACUCCAUGGCAAUCCAUCAGAUUGAACCUAAAAACACUGUUCCUGUGUCGCCUGGUCCCACAACAACUGGGACAAAAAUGGCUUUGAAAAUCUCCAACAACAAAUCUCAGGGUAAGGAAAAGAGUGAGCCAGGCCAAAAGAGCAAAUUGGAAACUGGGCAGCUUCCAGCACCAGGAGAGACAGAAGCUCCACUGAGGCCAGACAGUGUUGAGAGUAAAAAGGAUAAAAAGGCAGCAGUAGUUUCUGAAGCAGCCGUCACUGCUGCUGAACCAGACUCAGUACUGACUCAUCAUGUCCCCAGGAGACUGCACAGGUUGCGCACGGAGAGGGCCCAGGAGCAGUGCCUAAACCCCACCAGGUCACCUGCACAGCCCACAGGCCCUUCCCAUUCUCCGUGCAUCCCUGUGCAUAGCCCAGAAAGAGCAUUGGAGACUCCCAAGAGAAAGAGACAAAAAUCCCUCACUCAGGCGGAAGAGUCUGAACUUGAAAGUGUUGAGAGUCUGGAUCCUCCUGUGGCCAGACUAGCAAAAUUUACUUUCAAACGGAAGUCAAAAUUGAUCCACUCACCUGAAGACCACAUCCAUGUGUCUCCUGGCACAACUGAAAUAGCAGUUCAGAGUCACAAAAUUUCCCAGACUAGAACAAGAAGAGAAGCAGCUCUGCUUGUGAAGGGUCCAGAAAAGUUGACCUCUCCCUCAGGAAAUGGAAGCUCCAGUCAGGUGCAGAGGAAGGCAAAGGAGGUGUCACAGCAGCCACCAGAGGAAGACGGAUCAAGAGAGAGGAGGAAACAUGACCCUGACAGGAGACUUGGGCAGCCCGCAUUUGAGUUUCGGACUGAGACUGGGCAUUUGCGUCUUACUUGUGGAAGAGGCAAAGAGGAAGCGCUUUCAUGCAAUAAUCAGAGUAGCAGGGUUCAUGCUUACACACUAGCCAAGUUGGCCAACUUCUCCUUUACUUCCUCCUCUGAGUCCAAAUCGGAAUCUCCUCUUUCGGAAAGGAAGAACUGGGGCGAGACAGGUGCAAGCCCUCCUCCCACGACCACAGCUACAAUGUUUGGCAAGAAAAGGAAAACUUUUCAGUUGGAGGGAUCCGCUGAGCGAUUCAUUCUUUCUGAAAAAUCUCUCUUUACUUUACCAGAACUAGAAGAUGAAGCAUUAGAUUUUGAUUGGGAUGAAGAAAUGAGAAAAAAGCCGUAAUUAUGAAAAGCUUUCUGGUUGAAUUUCACCCUCCCCAACUCAACACAGCCGCUUCAGUGUAUCAGCGUGGUGUUUACGUAUGGACAGAACUGUGGCCAUACUGAGUGCCAUUCUGAAUGCAGCUCCCCCAUCAGGUUUUAUCAUGUCAGGUUUAUCUGCAUGACUCAAAAAAGUUGUGUAAUCAGUGUAGAUCAGUGUGAUAACAGCACUUGAAUUAACUGACAUUGUGCAUAAUUUUGCAGACAGCGUACUUGUAUUCCCAAAGAUGUUUCUGUUUGUUUUGUUUUAUUUUUAAGAGGUGGGUCUUCCCAGGACCCACCUUUCACUCUCCAGAACAAAUGCCAGGAAGGUAAUGCUCAUAAAGCUACCAAAUUAGAUGAACUCUUCUAUUCUUCUCCCCCUCCCUCCCCCACAUGAUAUGCUGAGUAUGGUGAAUAUAUAUUAUGAUUUGACAAAAUCAUGAUUUUUCUAAUAUUAGUUUUGUGUUUAUUAUGUGUCAGAUUAAUUGCGACUAAUGUUUUUCUUUCUCUGAGAAGCAUCUUCACAAUUCCACGGGAUUCCUAAAGCUCUGGCAACUGGUCAAAUAGUAGCUUUCUGAAGUAUUGACAUUUUGAGUUGUCCUUUCUUUCUUGGGCCAACAUUUUGUGCUUCAGAUUCUUUUUAUCUUUUGGGGACCUCUCUUCAUCACAACUUAAGUCUUGUGGUUAGAAGGAAAAAGAAUGUGCAGGAGUCUCAACUGUAUUUCAUGGCAUCUACCCAAGUGGUUAAUAUGGAAACGUAAUUUCUGCUAAGUUAUGACUCAUUUGUCUUUAAAACCAUGCAAAUGACUGUAUUUGGUAAGAAUAGACAACUCAAGCCUUGUCUAUCUUAAGUCCUCUUAAAAUCACUCUUCCUUUGGAUUCUAGCAGGGUCUGUUAAGAAUCCAUAAUUACAGGCUUUCUCUCCUGAAGUAUGAAUUUGUAAGGAAAAAAAAUAGAUUCUUUCAUUGUCUGAGGGACUUUUAGACAGGAAGAAUACGCAAAAUUAUAUGUAUUUUGCAUAAUGAUCACUUUGUUAAAUUUAUAUGGAAAAAAAUUUAGGAAUCCCAAUUUUGAGCAUUUAAAAGUUAAUUCUAAAACUAAAUUUUCUGAAAAAUUUUAAACUAUGAAUACAUAAUUAGUUUGGAUGAGCCUUUUGAAAUCUUGAAGCAGCUGACAAAAGACAUAGAAUCUUGAUUCUAGAGCUUUCAUUUCUUAGUUAUGAGGGAUUUCGUUAGUGCAAUUAACUUGUCUCUUCAGGACAUUGAGUAAUUCAUAUUUUAAAAUACAGUGUUGAAUUGUGUCUUUUUAUUAGUUAUGUUUAUGGCCACCAUGUCACCUUCUACCUAUUAUUUUUUGUGCUCACCAUACAUCCUAUUAUUUGUGCUAAUAAAGCCACCCUAUUUUUUAUUGUAACUUCUGCCAGGAUCAUUUGGCCAAAUUACAGUUCCAUGUGUUUAUUCUUGAAUACUUACCCGGUUAGCAAUAACUAUAUGUGUAAAUAUUAUCAACAGACAAAAUUAUUAGAAAUACAAUAUUCAGUGUGUACGCUCCCCUACUUACUAAAAAAUUAAACUUGUAUCACAGCCCACUUCUGUAUGACUACCUUGCUGUGCUUGUAUUAGAUGCUCAGAGUCUCACAGCUUGACCAGUAGGAAGUCCCUUUAUAUUGAUGUCAAUGUUCUUUUAUGACUCUGACAUUUCUAAAAGCAUCAGUGCUCUCUGAAAACAACACCAUGUUCCUAACCCAUUUUGAUUUGUUUUCCUGCCUCAAAUGAUGAAAUAAGCUACCCCCAAGGCACUCUUUCCUUUAGAAGCCAGUGACAUUAGAGGUCACACUUGGGGGUCUCAGGGAUGCAGAGGAGUUAGCAGUGGGCAAAAGUACUGCCACUGCUGUUGGGUCCUUUGUAGUUUCAGAGCUGAAAAUGUGUAAUGUCCUGAAGUCACAUUAUGUUAUCCUGCUGCGUCCUACUUUUCUUACAGAAUGUGAUUUCACAACAAUUAAGACUUAACAUGUGUAUCAGGAAGCACAUAGGUCUCAAAAAUCAUGUACCUGGUCUACAAAAGAAAGUGUAAAAAUAACCUUUAAUUCUGAGUCCACAUGUCAGAAUAUUUUUAUUUCAGACCUUGAAAACAUUUUAACGUAAAAUUAUUUAAACACAAUAAAAGCUAUGUCUAAUUUUCUUGGUGAGUGGACCAAACCACAUAUUUAAUUCUAUUGUAACUAUAUAAAAAGAAUUGAGUUUUCUGACACUGUAAGAGAUAGACUCUUCAGUGUAUAUGUGGUAAUCUAAAAUUUAUAAUAGGGAUUUUAUUAUUGUAAUUUUUAGUGUCUUCUUGGAAACACAGACAAAACAAGCAUAUUAUUCUGGUAUCUUUAACUCUUUGGCUGAAUUAACCAAACUUUAAACUUUUUCUGAAGGUAUGCCAAAAUUUGAGUGAUAGAGCUCUUUUCUUGGUUGACAAAUUUUAGUUCUAACAAACCUACAUAAUCUUUAUGUGUAUAUCGUACUUCAUUUCUGUGCCUUCCCCAAGUACUAACCCUGCCUGCCUACCUGGAAUACCAGUUCCAUCGAAAAUCUUAGGUCAACCACAAGGAGGACCCCUAAAUAUCUCUUAGCCAAUCCACAUUUGGGAGUUCAGACCAACCUGCCCUGUAAGGCAAGGUCGCUAGGCACUACCCGGAAGCAGGUUAACCUUUCAGAUGCAGCUUAUCAAAUUCCAAAUUUAACAAACAGUGUGGAAAGCUAGGCCAGUCCACAUUCCUCAGUGUUCAGAAUACCAUCUUCCAUGUUUGUAUUCCAUAUUUUUAACAUUCAAGAAAGAUAAAAGAAGGCCCCAGGAUCACAUUAAUACUCAUCCCAAUAGGGGUUUUGCUG